CCUGAAUGUUCUUCGAAGCUAAGUUUUACAAAGUUUUACAAGUUUUGACAAAAUUUGACCCUGGUCACGAUGAACUAUGAGCGAGAAGAAGACCCGGCCCGCGAGUAUGAGAUGAUAUGGGCUCUCUUCCAAGGGAAAGAAGAAGAAGAAACGCCGAAGAAGAACAAGGAAGGGGUGACUGUGAAGAUCCUCAAGUUCCUCUUUGGGUCGGGAGGAGGAGAGACUACGUCAGAGCCGGUGGACGACUACAGAGAAAAGCGGAGAUUUCAUAGACAUGUGUAUCAACCAUCCCCUAGACACGCUGGAGCCCCUGGGCACACAGGAGGGAUGAGUGAUGUACAUGAUGGUCAAACGUGGACUCAAAAAAGGCUGGAACCACCUCCUAUCGCCCCACCAGAACCGAUGGGGGCUUUUUACAGCACAUCCUGUAAAGUGCUUGUUGCUUGUACCAUUGCUAGUAUAAUGAUUUUGAUCACCACCGCUGCCAACUGUAUAAAAAAUAUUAAAGCGAUGAUAGACAAAAGUGACGAAGAAGUUGAUUGAGUGAAUGAUUCGAGUAAAGAAUUGACUACGUAAAUUAAAUUAUAAAUUACCCUACGUAGAAUUUGCUUUACGCAUGGUGUUGAAAACUAAAAUUUUGCAUUGUACACUUCACGUUGAACACGAACAAAGAUUAAAGAUGUACAAAUGGAAUUUAAUGCUAUGUUAAAAAUGACACCGAUUUUUCAUUUCCACAAAAAAUUUUUGUUGGUUUGUGAAUUGAAAUAAAACUACAUCCGAUUAAUAUGUUAUGUAUAAAUAUUGUAUAACGAGUUUACCGUGAAAGGAUUCAUAUAAUGCCUGUGAAUAUUUUAUAUUAUAUUAAAUAUAAUAGUCAAUUAUAAAUUACGCUUUAUUAUUCAUU